AUGUCUCAAUUAUAAUAAUUUGCUACUCUCACUAGUAAUAAGAAAAUAAUAAAACUGCGAUUCCCCUCUCUGUAAUAGUUUUUAUUGACUUUAUUAUCCUUAAAUGGUUCGAUUGAGUUAGGAGUGUAUAAAGCAACGGUAAAAACAUAUAAAUAAUAAUAUCUGAAUAAGUUAUAUAUUGAAUCAAUAAGAACAUCUAGUGAGUUAAUACCUAUAACCAUUUAUUUAUUCUUUAAACAGCUUAACAAUGCAGAUUCUCAAUUGUCUUAGGUGCAAAACAUAUAUACGCACACCUGUCUCAGUUGUAAUAGCAAUCUCAAACAUGUAUUCUGCGCAUUUAGUAUUAACUCUGAGGAAUGUAUACAGGCUUCAUCGAAUGCUGGACAUAUGAGUAAUAUGUAGGGUCCUAAGCAUUUUGUGAGAUCGCACAAUUGGAAUGGGAAAUUUAAUUGGUCGAUCCUAAUAGGAAAGGGGCAGAACCCCGGAGAUCACUACUUAAAGGGAUGCUUCAUUCUUUGGGGGAAGAGAUUUGAGUCCAAAAAGAGGGAAAAAAUGAUCAAUACUAAUCUUUUCAGGCGGGGUUGUAGAAGUUAUUUCAAUAUCUUUUUUAAUGUAAAUAUCAAAUUGACAAAAUUUGUGUUUUCUUCAAUGUCUGUGUAUCGAGAUGAAAGCAUAUUAAAAGGGCUUCUUCAGGGUAAAACUAUAGAGUAGGGGGCGGAGUUACAUUUAUUCAUAUUGGUUGAAUAGAAUGUGAGGAAGAUCAUUCAAGAGGCAAUAAAAUAUCAAAGACACUUCAGAAAAAAAUAACUUAAUUCCCAAGACAUUGAAUUGGCUAUCAAGGAUCAAAAUAUGCAGAAGUCUGAAAUCUUUGGAUUUUAAUAUAUGGAUAGUAUUAAUUUGUGCAAAAGGAUGGAUGAGUAUGUGCUCAAUGAUCAGAGCUUGGAUCUAAGAGAUCUAAUUUCGCAUUAGAUGAGGACAGUUAAAAUCCCUCUCGGAUUUCCCUCUCUUUCCAUAUUCAAUGUGAUGAAAGAUUAUUAGAUGAUCAAUUCGUAGGAGACUCAAUCCAUAAUGCAAUACAAGGACAUCAUAUAAACGGAGUCAUUCCAAAGCAUGGAAAACAAAAAGUCCUUCAAUAUUAUUAAGGAUAACGUAAUAAGCAUAUUGACAGUUCAUCAAUAAAGCAUUGUGAAGAACUUUAAGGAUUUAUUUGAAAAAGAAGUAAUAAGUCUAAAAUUUAAUUUCUCACAAGAAUUUGUUUAAUUGCUUUCUGAUUUGGAGAGCUACAAAGACGUGGCUUAAAUCGUUCCAUUCAUAGUCCAAUAUUUAUAUAGUUAGUAGGAUUAAGUUUAACUGUUUUAUUACAAACAUAGAUGUGUGAUAAUUGAAUGCUUGAGUCGACUGAUAAUGAACAAUUAGAUAAAUCUGGAGUUUUAAUUGCAUUAGAUCAUAAAAAUCUUAGUUAAAUUUUUGACUGCCAAGAUAAUUGAAAUCAACUUAAAAUUCUAAAUCGAACUUCAAGUGAAGACAGCCAAAUGUUUGAAUUAUUUGCUUGAUAAAUUUAACUUGAAAUAUUAAGCAUUAAGGUAGAAUGUUGACCUUGUAAUUUUGAAUAAAUUAGAUAGAGUCACAAGUAAAAUUGAGAAGAAGAACUCUCACAAAUCAUUAUUGAAGGCGUAUUCGAUAAUUUAAUACUUUAUUGAAUAAAAUAUUUGUGUUCAGCAUUUGAAGUUUGUGGAAUAAAUGAGUGUAUUGAUCCGAAAAAUAGAAAAAGGGAGAUAAUCAAUCAAUUAAUAUAAUCCAGAUUAUGAACAUCUAGCUGGUUUAAUAUCUUUAUCUUUAGGAAGCAUUUUGAUUAAAAUAAUCAACGGAUUGCAAUAUUUGUAGCCUAAUCAUGAAAACCAAAUUUUGCACAUUAUUAAUAAUACAAGAGAAUUGAUGUUAGAAUUGGGAUUAUAUGAAAUGUUUGUAAUGUAAUAACAUGUUGUGGAGCACAUGAUUUUAUGA